AUGCCUUUUCCUCUCCCUAAGAUAAAACAAGAAGCAAAACAAGGCAUUGCUGCUGCUGCUGCUGCUGCUGCAGCAGCAGGAGCAGCAGCGGGAGAGGGAGCAGCAGGAAAGAAUGGAGAAAACAGUGCUGCUGCUGCCUCUGCAGCAGGAGGUAAUGCACAAUCAUUAGGAAGCAAGGGAGUACCGCCAGUAGCAGGAGGAGCAGCAGGAUCUGUAUCAUCAUCAUCAGCAGCAGCAGCAGCAGUAGCAGCAGCAGUAGCAGCAGCAGGAGCAGCAGGAGCAGCAGCAGGACGUGAUGGUGUACCUGUAUUAAAGUAUGGAGAUUUAUUUGAAUUUAAUGACACAAAUAAAGAUCCAUGGGAGGCAGUCAGGGCAGCAGCAAGACCUAAACAGGAUUCUGCUGCUGCUGCUGCUGCUGCUGCAGCAGCAGCAGCAGCAGCAGCAAAAGAUGGCAGCAACAGGAAUCUACUUCUGCUGCAGUCAUUACCUAAACCUAAAGGAUCUACUACUAGUCCUCUUGGUGUCUUAGGGUCUGUUGAUGCUGCUGCUGCUGCAGCAAAAGCAGCAGCAGCAGCAGCAGCAGGUGCAACAACAGCAGCAGCAGAUGCUCCUGCUGCUGAUACAGCAGCAGCAGCAGAUGCUGCGCUGCAGCAGAUGAUGCCUCGCGUGCUGCAGAAAAAGAUCAAAAAAGAGCAGAAUGCAGCAGCAGCAGCUGCAGCAGCUGCUGCUGCUCUUGAUGAGGAGGAUGAUGAUAUAGGAGCAGCAGCAACAGCAGCAGCAGCAACAGGAGCAGGAGAAGCAGCAGCAGCAACAACAGCAGCAACAGCAGCAGCAAGUGAUGGUUUCUUAAACUCAAUGUUUACUCUUUAUGAUUCAGAUAACGAAGACACAGCAGCAACAGACACCGCCAGCAGCAGCAGCAGCAGCAGCAGCAGCAGCACAGGAGAAAUGAAGGAUAGUAAGACAGAGGCCUCAGCAGCAGCAGCAACAGCAGCAGCAGCAGGAGAACAAGAUGAUAAAACAGGAGCAGCAGCAGCAGCAGGAGCAGCAGGACGAGAGUUGACAACAGCAGAGGAUGCAGCAGCAGCAGCAGCAGCAGAUGCAGCAGCAGCAGGAGCAGCAGCAGGAGCAGCAGCAUGGACAAUAAAGGAAGAUGAUGUUGCAUUAGAAGAACUUGGCAUAGAGAAAACAAUCAUUCAUAACUCUGGUAUCUCCGUGGCUGAGUUACGGGAGUUGCGCCGUAUGGGUGCAACGACGGUUAGUGGCGCAUCUCUACAAAACCCUGAUUGGCACCUAACCGCUCAAAGUGGUCCACAAAAGAAAGGAAAAUUACGAUUAGCAACAAAAGUAUGGAAUGCUAAGGAGGGAGUAAUCACAGAAACCCUUGAGCCUAAAGUUAUGCAAAAAAGGAAACAUCAGAUAAAUUGGUUAGCUGCUGAGGCUCAUGAUAAAGAAUUGGAGAUGUUAGAGAUGACAGCAAAAACUCGUCAAUCCAAAUAUCAAACAGCUAUGAAAUAUGGUUGGUAA